GAACCGAGCAGCACCACCAAAACAAAACAAGACGGGACCUCAAGGAGACAUCUCGCGCGCAGCUAAGAGCUCCGACUCUCCCAACAUAGACAAUGCUGAUAAAUCGUGUCAUCACGGCGGGAUCGCGUCGAUGGAUCCAGGCUCGUGCUCCCUUUACCACGAGGCUCUCCUCAUCAGUCACCCCCAAGGAACCUGAGCUUACUCCGAACACGAAUAACCUCGACCGACACAGGACGAGUUCAUUCGACAGAUGGAUCCUGGUAUUCGCCGGAAAGUAUCGCAGAGGCGGAGCGCCGGAAUUCGUUUCACAAGCUGUCAUGGAGAAAGCUCGCUCGGUGAGCAAGAUCAAAGGCAACCUGUACUUCGCGGUCUUCACUAUCCUGGGGAUGCUCGUCGGCACCUAUAUCGGAAAGCAAGAACGCGCGGCUGGAUACAGCGUAGCCCAAAUGAAUUUGGAUUGGCACAAAGAUGUGAACCGCCAAGACGAGGAAGAAUCGAAGCGGACCGCGCAGAAAUGA